UUUGUACUUAAAAUACUGUAAAUUUGGAAGAUAUCGUGUUAUCAGCCUAAUAUUAGCUUCAGAUACAUUUUGGAAUGUAAUUGCUCAUGUGUUUAUUAAUUUCUAAUGGAUAUUGUGGGUCAAAGUCCAUUAAUCCCAGCCUGCAAGCCAGUUCAAAGGAUUGCAAGUUUGGUGAGCGAUGGUGGAAAUAUGUACAUAUACUGUGGCAGAGUGGAGUGGAUGAGUCCUGUGGGUGGAGGAGUCAGGAGGUGACGUGUUGCACCCACCAGCCCACACACAGCCCCUCCCGGGAGGAGAGACUCUCCAUUGAGCUCCAGGAGCUGCAGCCCUACAGGGAGGGAUUAUCCUGUGCUGGUGAUCACAGCUCCUGUCGUUGCCUGGAUUCCUGUCUGCCUGCCACCUUCACCUCGCCUGUCUUCAACAGUUCCACUUUGCCUGUCUACCACCACUCCACCUCGGAGCCAGAACCCCAACAUCUUACCUCUUCCGUCAUCUUGGUUCCACUGACGGUCAGUCUCCACACACCACAAUCAGCACUACACCACGGCCAGCCAGAUCCACGUGGUACCACCUCAACCUGCUUCACGGACCAGCCUGUCUGUCCAGACCCAUGCGCGGUUAGACCCAGUCAGCAGGGUGACCGCUGCUCCAGGCUCCGAGUCGGAACCACUGCUAAUCUCCCGGGGUUACCAAGUUCGACGCCGAAGGCUUCGCUCUGGACAACUACACCCCUUCCCACUAUUCCUGUUAAUGUAUAAAAUGUGACUUGGAUUAUAAAGACUAUAGUUGUGUUCUGCGAUUGUGGGUUCGAAGAUCGUACAUACGACAGAACGAUCUGGCCAACAUGAACCCAUGGUUUCCAAAAUCACACAACUAACCCAGCAGGUUUCCUGACUCACCACCCAGCUCUCGACUCUGGCCCCGACGACGUCCUCACCGCCAGCACUCACGCCGUCACUGUCAGCUCAGCCACUCCGGGACUCCUACACAUCGGACCUAAACCUCUUCUCCAGAGAAGUGAAUGGCUGCCGGAGUUUAUUGCUUCAGUGCUCCUUGGUCUUCUGCCAGACUACGGGGGAGAGCUUUAGCUUGGGCCGAGACGACGCACGCUAGCAGACCUCUCUCAUCCUUCUCCCUAGCGGACUUCCUGGAGAGACUCACGACGGUCUUCAACCACCCGGACACCUGUGGAACAAGCAGGCCCUGGUUAGCGCCUUCAGAAGUGGUCUAAGCAAACCCACCAAGGACGAGUUGGCUUCCCGCAAUGAACCCGUGGCCUUGGACUCCUUAAUUACCCUUUGUAUCGGGAUAGACAAUUGCCUUCGCGAAAGACGCCAAGAGCGCCUCCAUCGGUCUCCUGCCCUGCCUUCAGCUCUACGUCUCCUCCAGGGCCACGGCGGGGGAACCCCACGAUUGCCGCUGUAGGAGCAGGGUUUUUCUUUGUAGCCAAGAAAGACAAGACACUGUGACCCUGCAUUGAUUAUAGAG